AUGGCAAUGCCUGCAGUUAAUAUCAUAAACAAGUACCCUUCUUCCAUAUUAGCUAGGCCAGAAGUUUUCAGGAGGCCAUGGGAUUCAUUGGUCCGGUCGGAUGAGAUCCUCACUCCCGGUGAAAAGUUCUAUGUGGUUCCCCGUCGAACUGUAAGAAAGCUUCGGAGAAGGAUCAAAAAACCUAAUGCAGAAGUUUCUGUCAGCUCUUUUGUGUCACAGUCUUCCAUUGAUGUCUCUAAGGGUGGUUUCACAAGCAAGUCCUUUCUCCAACGAAGUGAAGUUAGUGAUUCACGUAUGGUAAGUGGUUCCUUCAGUACCAGCAGAAAGAAAAAUGGGACAAAGAAGCAUGUACGUUUUGUAGGCAUUGAUACCAAGCAGACGGCUGCUUUGCCUGCCUCUAAAAAGAGCAAGGAUGAAGGCAUUGCCAAGAGUUCCAAGAAGAAAUCCAAUGAGGAGUACCAUGGAGGGAAACUGAAGGCAAAACAUGGUGUCCUAUGGCAGCCAAGUCUUACAGCAAUUAGUGAACGCCAUGGGCCUGGUGAACCAUAUGAUUAUUCUGCUUCUAACAAUAAUAUUUUAUGA